AUGGCCAUUUCCGACGGCGUCGUCUACUGGUACCUCCGCAACUGGGAGAAUGCGGUCGAAGUCCAGAUCUCGUUGCUCCUCUUUGUCGCCUUCCUCGGCGUGGUGGGCUGGGACAUCGUAAAGAGCCUCGUCUUCGACAUCCGCCUUGUCAUCACCACCUUCACCGGGCCACAUUGGCGCGACCCCGUCCGCAUCUUUUCCCGGUCGUGCUACUUUGCGUGCCGGGCUUCCGGAUUCAUCGGCAAUCUUCUGCCCGUCCUCUACAUCACCAUGACCCAUGGCGAGUGCGAGGGAUGGAGGUACGCUAUGCUGACCCCCUCGAUCAUCUGCAACUCCACCUUCAGCGCGGUGUUUGCGUGCCGCUGCUACGUCGUGUCGCGUCGGAACAAACGGUACGGCAUCUUCCUCCUGGCAUACCUGAUCGGGCUGUCUGCCUUCGGCGCCUACGUCUACCUCAACUUUGGCAAGCCGCUCAGAGUGCCCUUCACAAAGUGGUGCCUGUGGCUCGCGCCAACCAAGGGGUCCAAGUUUGUCAACCUCGACCACGUCUACAUCGCGUUGGCUUGCGUCUUUGAUCUCGUGAUCCUGCUGAUGACGCUGCACAGCCUGGUCGAGGGGGGCGUUGUGCACUUUUUCCUCAACAUCGGCACCUUUAUCCGCAACGCGUUUGGCAUCCGCCGCGCCUCUGAUCCAGAGCUGGGCUGGGGCGUGCUCAGCCGCCACCUCGUCGAGCAGGGAGUGGCGCUCUACGCCAUCUUUGAGCUGCUGCGCGUCAUCCUCAUCAUCGCGAUGCUCGUGAUGCCAGACUACAUCAUGCCCGUCUUCAUUCGCGCUGCGCUGCAAAACGGGUUGAACCCGGUCGUGGUACGGAUGUUGCUGCAAGGCCAGGCGCAGUACGUCAAGGCGUUGCCAGUGAGCAACCACGGCUCACACCCCGUCACGCCGCGGCCGGUCUCGAGCGGGUUUGGCGUGACCGGGUCUGGGUUCGAGAAGACGCUCGACGACAUGCCGAUGGCGAUGCGGGCGAUGCGGACGUCCGAGGCGCAGGUGUCGCGGCACGAGCAGCCCGACAAGGUCGUGGUGCACAAGGGAUCCGACGUCCAGAUCUCGGCCACGUCGUGGAUCAGCGCCGUCACCCUCGACGGGCGCGAGUGUUUGGCCCACAAUGGGUCGCACGGCGGCAGCGCCAAGAGCACCGGCCAGCAUAGCAACGGAGGCAUCGGCGGCUCGCCCGGUCGUCCCGAUAGCUGGGAGAGGGACGAUGAGGCAGACUCCUACGGUCGUCACCAACACCCGCACCACCAUCCACAUCAGCAUAACCCGUACGGCGUUCGUCCUUGA